AUGGCUUCCACGCCGCCGCCUCGCGAGCGCAUUCGCGUCCGCACGCCGCCUACUCCGCUCCACGGUGCCCGUUUCGAUGGCUACGAGCCCUACUCGCCCAGACGCUCCCGUCGCGUCGCAUCUCAGCGCGCCCCCGGAUAUUCGCUAGACGAGCCCGAAGUCACUACCAAGCAUCCUUCCGCCAGCAGCAAAAAGCGUGCUACUUCUCUCUUGGGCCUGGACAACCGCACGCCCUCGCCCCCAUCGUCGCCGAAGUCUCCCGCAAAGCGCUCCACCGCCAAGAAGCUCAACUUCACCUCGGAGAGCGAAGUCGACCGCCCCGAUUCCGACAUUGACGCCAUUGUCCGCAAGCCGUCUGCAUUGGACCCGUUUGCCUCGCGCACCAGUGGCAUGCUCCCCACACCGUCCAAGACACCCGCCAAGCCAUCCAAGCACCUUGCUGAGCCCUCGUCCGCCUUUGGUUCUACCGCGCGCGUCCUCUUCCAGAGCCGUCCGGCCACCGUCGACGAAGUCAUGCCUUCGCCUCGCAAGAGCCGCAAGAAGCACUCGGCCUUCUCCCUCUUCAGUUUCGCCGACGAGUGCGACGACAACCGCCGCACCAGCAAGAUCGAGAUCUACACCGACUCGAAAGAGCGCGUGCCCAGCAAAGACAACACCGUGGACAACCCUUUCGUCACGCGCGAUGCGGACGAGCAGCGCGCGUCCAGGCCCCGUCGCAAGACGCGCUCAUCCCGCAAGCGCACCGAGAGCGAAGAAGACAUGGAGCGCAAGGCCGAAAACGACGAAGGCCUGAUCUACACAUUCCGCGGAAAGAAAGUGUUCCGUGCUUUCAACAACAGCAGCGACGAGGAAUCGCCCUCGGACGACGACGGCCCAUUGGAAAGCGCCCGUGCCCGCCGUCACUCUGGCGCUACCUCUCGUCGCCCGCUCACGCGUUCAACCAUCAAGCCGCGCCUUCUUUUCCCCACCGACGAGCAGCGCAAGGCCCGCGAGAUCGCUGCGGCUGCCGCCGAAGAAGAGGCGACGACCGACGUGGAAGGUCCAGCCCGCAAGCCCACCCCUCGCAAGCGUUUCAGUGUCACCAGUGGCCCGCACGUCCCCGCUAUCGAGCAGCACAAGACGCAGCCGGAAGCCGCCCCCUUUGCUUCCGUUCCCCAGAUCACGACGACGGCCGCUACGCCCGCCAAACAGCGCUUCAGGGACAUCGGACCGACUACGCCCCCGCCCAGCGGUCGCGCGACUCGCUCUACCGCCAAGAAAGAGGCCGAGGCUGCCGCCGUUCACGACGCGCUCGACGUGGACGAGGGCGAGGAAGACGCGCCCUCUCCCUCCAAGACGCGCGAGUCGCCCGCGAAGCCCAAGAAGAAGCGCAGCCCGUUCGACAACUGGCGCCGCAGCAAGUCGAGCCUGCCGUCGUCGCGCGGCUCGCCCAACCGCCUCAAGCGUCGCGGCGAGACGCUGGAGAAGACGGAGCAGCACAAGCGGACGCGCAGCCUCAACCUUGCCCCGACUCAGGCUCACGACUCUACAUCACAGCAGCAACAGCACAGCCCGGGUGGCGACAGCGUCUGA